AGCGUUGAGCUUUGGAAUUAUAAACAGUAAACAUUAGAAUAUGGCGUCGAGCGUGUACGACGAUGAUAGCAAUCACAGUUCAAUAUCAACGGAUUCGGAUGAUUCCGAUGACCUAAUGAUAUACACGCAGGCGGCGGCAACGGAGAGCGCUACACCGACGAACGAAAAUGAAACCGAAAUGAACCUCGUCGUCAAACUGGCAAACAGACAAAUGUAUGGCAGGGUAGCCAAGACUUGGAAAAGUAAGACUGAACCAAUGUUCAAAGAUGUACAUCGCAAUUGCAAGAUACCAUUCGGAGAUAUAGUGUUCAAUAAGAGAUCAUGUUCACACUUUUACAUGGGCUUCACAAUUUGUGGCCAAUAUUUCAUUAGUUAUAAGGAGAUUAUGGUGGAUGUUGUGACUCUCUUUCCUUGCAUAGAGUACAUCCUGUACAUUUGGAAGUUCAUGCAAGGUGAUAAAUUGCAGUUCAUAUCGAAGCAUAGGAUAUUUAGGCUGAUGAGGGAUGUGGAAUUGGAUAAGAUUAUGUUCAUACAGUCACCCACUGAUCCCUACAAAAUGUUUUGUUAUGGCUUAAGGGCAACAAAUCCAGGAAUUGCAUACUUAACUAUAUUGACACUGCCAGUGCAAGAGAAACAUUGUCGCAAUUGCAAAGGAAGUUUGCAGCCAAAUGAUGAUAAGUUGUAUCGAGGUUGGUGCUUAAACCACGGUUUCAUGCUGCACUAUAUGUUCACACUAUCCAAUCCGAUGCCCAAGUUCGAGCCGAACAUCUCCUUCGCCUAUCCUGACCACGUGGUGAUAAACACCGGCCACUACAUCCACAUCCUGAACACUUCCGUUUACAAACCGAAUCCUCAGCCACCGCUUGUACCGGUCCCCGUUGAACAGUUAAUAGGAGAACACAAGAACUACGGAGAGAACGCCUUCGUCGAAAUGGACACUAUGGAGAACUACAGCGGGAACAGUGUGGUAGACGCCAUCAUCGAAGACUUCAGCGAAUACGAUUUGGAGGGAGCGGACGGAUCUAAACCGUUCCACGAGCUGAACAUCAGCUGCGAACCGUUGAAUGUGACGGGAAAAAGUUAUCACAAUACCUUAGUGCAAAACAUUAAGCGGCUUCAAGGUAAAGACAUCUUGUUUCCGAUGCCUCAGUCGUUAAGCAACCAAAAGACCAAUGAUAAGGCGAAGCUAGAUAGGAAGCAGGCGGAGAAGGCGUACGAGUUCAUCGAAGAGAACGAGAAAUGCGAGAAGCUUAGUUCGUUCCGUAAAAAGAGGUUGGCCGAUAAGAAGUACGAGUUCUCGGAGGACAACUCUGAGAAUAUAGUACCAUUCAAUUCGCUUAGGCACGAACGCAGCAAGUGCGUUUACAAGCCGAAGAGCAUCAGGAAUCCGGAGUUCGGUCUGUUCCUCAGCCCAUGUUCGGCAUAUCCCAAUCAGACGCAACAGCCUACCUCCAUAAACGUGUCCACACUGUGCGCUCUCACCGGAUGGAGUCCGCAGUCCUCCAGGUCUCCGAUCAGCCCCAAAGAAUCCGCUCGCAAAUUCAACGUGUACUCAUCCAGCAUAGACAGUGACUGCUCCGACAACGAUUCCAAACUCGUCCUUCGACAGAUCAACAACGUUCCGCACUCCUAUUCAUAUGACCAGAAGAGUCAUCCCAUCGGACUGCUUAUCGUCGACUCCAAGAAGGAUGACCACGCCAAAUGGAUAAAGAAGGUCGUGCGCAGAUAUUCCAGUGCUGACUUCGAAAACAGUUCCCUUGUUUCCGGACAGAGCAGAGAUGACUACAAUAUUCCAAUAGAGAUUCCUAUAUUAGUGCAGACGUUGACUGAGCAGCAUUUGGACGUCGUGUCCGAAUUCAAAUGCGAUCAGGUGACGGAAACGCAGCUAAUAAUCACUCAGCGAUCGUUCGAUUGCGAGCAGUUCGUUCAAAUCAGGGCGCAGAGGUUGUGCAUCGAGCAUCAACUAGAGUUCCUUCACUGCGAGGACUACGAUAUUAAAUUAGUACACAUAUGCCCAUUAGAUGGCCACAUCAUAUGCCAGGCUGUGAUCAAAAUCGCCGCCCUCAAUCUGGUCUCCACAAACCUGAAGCCGCAGAUCUUCGUCACGUAUUGCCUGUUCGUCUGGAACAUCGUCACCGAUAGCUUCGAGCUGGUGGAACCGAGCGACGUGACAAACAGACUGCACACGAACACUGCCCAUCCGCCGCCAGUUCUCAAAACGCGCAUACCUCUAUUAAACUGCAAGAGCAUACAGGUCUUGGACAUCAACACCAGCUCUUCCAAACUCAGUCUCAGGGAUUACAGUAACCACUACGAGGUGGUUAUGGACAAGAAUCCAAUACAAUGUCGUUAUUAUCUACCCUUCACGCAUUUCGUGGGCCCAUACGAUAGUGAUAGUGAAUCGAUGUGAUCACCAAUUAAUGUUUACGUUCUCUCCCCCAUUCUCUACUUCUUCUAUUAUUAUUUUUUUUUGUUUGAUUUAUAUACAUAUUAUAUAUAUAUAUUAGUUUUCCACCUUUCGAAAUAUUCAUCCUUUUUUUUCUUAAUAAUUAUUUCCACUAAUUAAUUAAUUACUUGACCUGUUAAUUAUCAUUCAUUUACAUUCGUAUGUUCGACGGUUUCGUUUUCACUCGUCUAGGAUUUAAAUUUAUUUAUAGAUAUUUAUCAUUAAGUUCGCUCGCCC